GAAGACCUCGGAGCAGAGAAAUUCACUCUGAACUUCCACUAGAGGAAUUCAAGAAGCCCCUGGCCGAUGUACGUUACGAUAUGGUGGAUGGUUCUAAGUGAACUAACGCUUUUUUCACGGUUCUACUGGCUUUUACGGGAAGAAAACAACAUUCGAAGACAUUUCAACAGACGACCAGAACCGAUGGGGACGUUAUGUCGUUGGAGUUACGCGGGUGGAUUCGGUUGUUUUAGUUGAGAAGAAGGAAAGUGUUGCGCUCGGAGCAACUGCGGUGGGAUUAAACAUGCUGACACCGACUUUAGCAUACUUGUUAUCGGUUAUCCUGCUGUGUCGGAUAGCGUUCUCUCAAUACUCCAGCGACCAGUGUAGUUGGAAGGGCAGUGGUCUAACCCAUGAGGGCCACACCCGUGAUGUGGAGCAGGUCUACCUACGUUGUUCCCAGGGUUCCCUCGACUGGCUGUACCCUACAGGGGCCGUCAUCGUCAACCUGAGGCCCAACACCCUGUCCCCAGCAGCCGCGCGUCUCUCCGUCUGCAUCAAGCCCUCUAGGGACUCCCACGGGGCUAACAUCUACCUGGACCGGGCCGGGAAGCUGCGCCUGCUGCUGAGGGAGCAGGACCAGGCCCAGGGGAAGGUGACCUGCUUCAGCAUCCAGGAGGGGUCUCUGUUCAUAGAGGCCAUACCUCACAGAGACAUCAGUAAGAGGAUCACCUCGUUCCAGUAUGAGCUGGUUACAGAGAGGACCGGGGCUGGAGCUGGAGCCUUGACUGGGAUGGAGCCACAAGCACUGUCUGCUCCCUGUCAGCCCUGCAGUGAUGCUGAGGUGCUGUUAGCAGUCUGCACCAGCGACUUUGUGGGGAGGGGCACCAUCCAGGGGGUGGAGCAGGAGACGGAGCAGUUGUCGGUCACCGUGGCGAUAAGCCGCCUGUACAGACAGAAGACUAAGGUGUUUGUGUCAGGGGGAGUGAGAGUGAGGAGGUGGACAGGCAGGGUGAGGAUGCCCAGGCAGUGUGGGGUGAGGCCCGGCCCGGGGAAGGGGGACGGAGACUUCCUGUUCACGGGGAGCGUAAGGUUCGGGGAGGCCUGGAUGGGGUGUGCCCCGAGAUACAAGGACUUCCUCAGACUGUACCAGGAGGCAGAGCAGAGUGGGACUAACCCCUGUCAUGUGGACACAGACUGAGUGUCAGGGAGCUACCCGGCCACACCCACAACAACAGGCCUCUUCCGGAAUGGACAGCAGACCCAGGUCUGAGCCUAACGUGGACACUAACUGAGAGGGGGGCAGACAGACAGAUGGACAGACAGACUGGCCAACACACAGAUACCUUCUGAUCCUACUGUCUUCCUGCUCUGGUGCUCCUGAAUGUUGCCAAGCAGCAUUGCAACUGUUGGACUAAUUUCUCAAAGCCAACGUUGUUGUUGUUGUGGAAUGUUCAUAGCCUGUUCCGGAAUGUUCUAAGACCGUUCUGGAAUGUUCUAAAACUGUUGACGUUCCAUUGGAAUGUUCUCAGACUUCCAUUCUCUGAGACGUACAUCAACAGUCAGACGAUGUGAGGUUUCUAAUGUAGCAGACCCUCUCUGGAACUGAUGUGUAGAAGAUGUGAACGAUGAACAUUUCUGAAACAGAGGAUCCAACUGCUUUGUGAAAAGCUUCAUGUACAGUUUUGAAGAUGUUUCUUAUGAAAGAAAUGUAUACAUUAAAAGCCUGCUUUUUAUUUGUGAUUUAUUUUGUUUUUAUGAAAAUGUAUAAGUGCAAUUUACAGUCUUUAUUAUGUCUUCAGGCUGUUGAAUUAUAAACCCCCUUUUUUGUGUGUGAUUAAAAGUUUUAUUCCUUGGAA